GCUGCUGCUGCUGCUACUACUACUACUGCUGCGGAGGAGGGGGAGGGGGCGGUGGAGGAGGAUGAAGAGGAGGAGGAGGAGGCGGCCGGCGCCAGCAGCAGUCAAGGCUAUCUGUGUAACUGCAGUUCUGUCGGGAGUGUAAGCGUGAAUGAGUGCAACACCUCAACAGGACAGUGUGAGUGUCACGAGGGCUACACAGGUCUGUUUUGUGACAGCUGCAAGGCGGGUUAUUACCUGAAUCAAACUAGUGGGCUCUGCCUUCUGUGUGGCUGUAGUUCCAAAGGCUCCAUCAACUCCCUUUGUGACAAUUAUGGAAAAUGCCAGUGUAAAGUUGGUGUAACCGGCUUCAAGUGUGACCAGUGCCACGAUGGAUACUACAGGUUUAACAAAACCACUUGUGCACCCUGCCAGUGCAAUGACCAUUCCAAGAGCUGUGAUGGCUUAACAGGUGCCUGUUUGAACUGCCAAGGAAAUACGGAAGGAAGUCAGUGUGAAAAAUGUAAGGUUGGCUUCUACAGAAGCACCCUCCCAGCCCAUGAAUGCCACCACUGCCCAUGUUCAACUGUCGCAUCUACUGGUAGCUGCCGAAUAAAACCUGGCCAGCAUGUCCCAACAUGUGACAAAUGCAAAACUGGAUACACUGGCCCAAACUGUAACCAGUGUGACAAUGGCUAUUACAAUUCUGACAGUAUCUGCAUAAGAUGCAAAUGUAAUGGGAAUGUAGACCCAAUUCAGUCACCCAGGAUAUGCAUGCCAGAGACAGGGGAAUGCAUUGGCUGUCUAUACCACACUGCUGGGUUUCAUUGUGAGGAAUGUCAGGAAGGUUAUAUCAAAGACCCUGAGGGAACCAACUGCACCAAGAAAGAAAUCUUUCCUGGCCCAGAAGCUACAGAGUUCGUAACUUUUGCUCCAAGCACCAGCAAGGCAACAUCGUUUUCAACUACAGUGACGAACAGUACAUUACCACCACCGACUGUGCAGACUGUAUUUCCUAUAAGCUCCUCUGACAAUAGUACAUCUGCUUUUGCAGAUGUCUCGUGGACUCAAUUUAACAUAAUUAUUUUGACGGUGAUUAUCAUUGUUGUGGUCCUACUAAUGGGCUUUGUGGGUGCUGUCUAUAUGUAUCGUGAAUAUCAAAACAGAAAACUUAAUGCUCCUUUUUGGACCAUUGAACUAAAGGAGGACAACAUCAGUUUUAGCAGCUACCAUGACAGUAUACCCAAUGCUGAUGUUUCGGGGUUAUUGGAAGAUGAUGGAAAUGAAGUGGCGCCUAAUGGACAGCUGACGCUGACAACUCCCAUGCAUAACUAUAAGGCAUAAAGGAAGAGUUUAUCCAGCUAUUCCAAAAUUAGCUUAAAAAAAGGACUCUGCUCAUUUAAGGAGUAUCAGAAUCUGUGCCAAGGUUUCAAGCAAAGGAAUUUGCUACCCAGAUAUUUUUUUAUGUUGGGCAUGGCGUAGCUUGCUGGUGAACAGGAAAGGUGUGCAGUGCAUCAGGUUUUCAGGUAACAUAAUGAAUGCAUUCAGUGUGUCAUUACCCAUGAAGAUCCAUAGACUUCACUGUUGAUAAAGACUUUACAUAAAAUUAUGCCGAUCUUAAAAUAUAUUUUUGUAUGAAGAGUUGGUAGGGCUAUAGCAAGCAGUACCCUGUGAUUAAUCAAAAGUUACUUUGACUUCCAGCCAAGCUAAUGCUUAUACCUGUGUCCAAUAUUUUGAAAAGUAGCCUGUGAAUGAACAGUAGAUUUUCAGGAAAUAGACUUUUCUAAAAGCUUCAUAUUAUUUCCUUACAUAAAUUUGAUUUAAAGAAAGGGGAAAUCUCAUUCACUUCACCAUAGUACUAAGAGACAUUUAUAUAAGUAACUGUUACACACAGUAAAACCACCCCUUUAAGUUUCCCAUUGAUUUUGGGGAGCAGAAAAAAUAUCAAAUAUAAAAAUAUCUGUUGGGGGAGAUAACUCAUUUCCCUUAUGUAAGGUGACAAGACUAUUAAAAUACAGGAAUCCAUUUUUAUAGAAGGAGUUAAUGAACUUGUAUACAUAUUGUACAAGGGAAGACAACCAGACAUCUCAGGGUUGCCCUGUAAAAAUACAAGCUAGGCUUACUAUCUUACCCUGACAGAAAUGGUGUGUUCUGUAUAUAGAAUGUAAUAUAACUUCUUGGCAUUGUAUUUGUAACUAUUUGUAAAAAAAAAAAAGAAAAAAAAAGAAAAACCAUAAGUCAUAUUUUAUCAUCUAGAUUUUAUCUGUACAGCAGUUAGUGGUAUUGUAAAAAAAAAAAAUGAGGAUUGUUUAAAAUACUGUAAAUUAGAUGGCAAUAUUGCUGGAGCUGGGACUCUGGCAAACAUCCAUCAUUUAAAGUUCCUCUUCUGAUAUCACUGAAAUUUUUUUAAGAAGCUGAGUGUUUCCUACUUGUUUCUGCAACUGUCAACCUCCCUGUUCCUUUAUCCAUGUUGACCCUAGUAAAUACCCGGUGAUGUCGUGAACAUCUGAAGGGCCAGUGAUCAGGGUUGCUUUGAAAUCUCCCCACAAAAUGCAAAUGUAUCAACAAUGUUAGUUAGAGACUGAUCCUAUCAAUCAGAUUUAACAAGAGCGGUCAGCAUUCACAAGAGUAGUCUGAUUGAAGUCGUGAGCCUACUUGGGCAAGUAAGGACUGCUUACGUGAUUAUGAGUAAAAUUGCUGAUAGUGCUGCAUAUUGGCCUAUCUCUGCUUCUCUUGAUGACAAUAGCAAAAUUUCCCUCGUCUUCAGUGGAACCAGGAUUUCAUGCAAAGUAUCUACAGGAUCAGGUCCCUGGUUUCAAAAUUCUAGAUAAGAUAAUAAGUGGACACUGUCAAGUAAUUGAUUUCUGAAAGUUCACGUAGCAUAAAGUUGUACGCUGGACAAGUGGGGACUCUACUCAUUGUUAAGAAACAAGGGACAACUGGGUAUGCAGAAUCCUACCAUUUUUAUAUAGAGGCAGACUGGCUUUUAACAAGGGGGAGUACAAGUUAAUGAGCACUCUGUCCUUGUCAAAUGGAAAGAGCUGUAUGGCAAGGUUGUGUUGUUGUUCCUCCACUCUGAGGUAUAGGUCUGAAUGCAGGGUGCAACGUGGUUGAUUGAAUGUACACCGACAUAGCACCCAGGAAGACUGCUGACUGUAGCAGUCUGAGUGCAGGUUGAAACAUCCAAGAGCACGUGCAGUCCUUGUACAGCUCCGUUUCCUAACACCUGGGAAAAGGCACUGCUAUACCAGGUGCAAAGAACUAGACCUUCACUGGGGCAUUUCGUUUGCACCUGUACAGUGCAAUAAACAGUGCCGUGGAGAACUUCAGCUCUGCCCUUCCCUUUUUUCAGUGCUGCCAUUUGGCAUGUAAUCUUUAUUAGGUGCCAGAUCCAGUCUCUUUGCUUUAUUCCUUUCACUGCACUGAGUGCGUCGUCUUUGCACCCAAUCCAGUUCCCGUUAAAGCCAGUGGAAAGCCUCCUGAAAUCCUCCUGCUGACUUCAAUGAGAUUUGAAUCAAACCUUUUGUUUGAUCUCUUCUGAGCAGGGCAAUUAAUUCCUGUCCUAUGUGUUAAUUAAGUGAACUUCUAGCAACCUCAGGGGUAAAGUCUGUAAUGCAGCCAUGCCAGGGCUUUGCCGGUUCAUAAUAACUCCAGUGAUAAACAAGGAAGUUAGCAAAGCAGAGCAAUAGCUGCAUCAAUAAAAACAAAGGCAGAAAUAAAUAUUUCUUAUGUGACAGGAGGGAAAAGUAAUGUAGAAAGAUAUUAUUUAUUUGCAUUCCAGAAGUACUGGGAGGCCUAACUCUGGCUUGGGAAUGGCAUCCUGCUAGGUGCUGUACAUAGUUAUAAUAAUAAUGUGCAGUCCCUGUAUCAAAGAGCUUAUCUUCUAAUUUAAGAAGAUGUGAUGGACUGUGUAUGGGCCUCAUCCAGAGGCAAUGAAGCCAAUGAAAAGAGGUGCAUUGCCUGCGUUGAACUUGAGGUCAGUUCCCAAGUCUGCAGCUGACUGGAUACAAGUCAUUCAAAAAGAUUUGAGUUUUAGUCGGAAAAUAGAAAAAGAAAGAAAAUCUGGAUAUUACCAAGCCUUUAUCAUACACCAGGCUUUAAAGGACAGUUUUAUUAAAGUAGAGAAAAUAGGAUAAUCUGGACAUAAUUACUUGACAAUGCUCAUUUUUAUAUGCGUAUUCCCUGAUGUUUAUACAUGCUGGGAAAAGAUGACUUUUCAUAAGUGAUUUCAGUGGCAGUGUGUUAGCAUCUGGGCCUAGUUCUAUAGAGCAAUAAAAGCAACAGGCAAAGUGAAGGAAAGAUUGUCCACUUGAGCAUGUCAGAAUUAUUUUCUUCUUUUAUUUGUGGGGUUGAGGUGAAUUAGCAGAUGUAUUCUUUGAAAGAAAACAUUUCUUCAUGGAUCCUUGGAAAGUCUGCAGGCUAUCUAAGAUAACAGGGUUUGGCCAGUUUAAUUUGGACUUCAGGUCCUGGCUUUUUUGAUUCUCUUACAUUACAGAGUCUGUGACCAGUUGCAGGAUUUGGUUUUGAGUUUUGGUGCUGAGCUCCCUUACCUCACACCUGCAAAAAAAAAAAAAAAA